AUGGGAUAUCGUGCUAAGCAAGGAUACGUUAUUUACCGUGUUCGUGUCCGCCGUGGUAACCGUAAGCGUCCAGUCACCAAGGGACAGACCUACGGAAAGCCCAAGACUCAUGGAGUAAAUGAGCUCAAAUUCGCUCGAUCCAAGCAGGCUAUUGCUGAGGACCGUGCCGGUCGUCGUCUCGGAUCCCUGCGGGUGUUGAACUCAUACUGGGUUGGAGAAGACUCCACUUACAAGUUUUACGAAGUUAUCCUCAUCGAUCCCUUCCACAAAGCUAUCCGUCGCAACCCGGACACUCAAUGGAUUACCAAGCCUGUACAGAAGCACCGCGAAUUGCGUGGACUUACUUCGGCCGGAAAGAAGUCGCGAGGUCUUGGAAAAGGAUGGCGGUACUCUGCCACUCGCGGAGGAUCUCAAGCAAAGAACUGGAAGAGAAAGAACACCACAGUUUUCCGCAGAUUCCGUUAA